CUCGCGGGAUUUUUGGGCUAUGCAAAGAGGUGGCUCCUUCAAGUAAGUCCUUCGCUGCGAUACACCGGGCAACAGUUCAUAAUUUGCCCAGGUGGCAUCCUCCGCCUUGAUUUUAUAUAGGUGCGAAUUUUAUUCAUGGUUUUCGAGCCGAUCUAACGUUUUCCUGUAUCUUACGUUGUACUGUCGUAUAAUCCACUGAGCUCCGAAACGUACCAUAUCACCAGAUACCUGCUCGCUACAGAUCGCGAGAAUGGUGUCCUGUCAAGGAAAGCCGGUGGCGAUUAUAUUCGGAGCCUUGAUGCUUCACAUGGUGUCCGCUCAGAACGAGCCCACCAUUGACGCGUCUGAUCACCUGAUCCUGCUGAGAGAAGUGCACAGCCCGCCCAUCACACUGCAGUGUAACCUGACGUCCACACACAACACGCACUUCGACAGCUACUGGAUGAAGAACGGCGAGGAGGUGGACGGAACGCGCCAGCCCACCAAAAACACGGAGUUCAGACUGAAUAAGCCCAGAGCAGACGAUGCAGGAGAGUACAUGUGUGUCUUCACCUUCACCCAGACCCCGCCAGCCAACGCCACCAUCGAGAUCAAAGCUGCUCCUGACAUCACGGGGCACAAGCGCAGCGAGAAUAAGAACGAGGGUCAGCAGGCCGUGCUCUACUGUAAGUCCGUGGGAUACCCACACCCUAUCUGGACCUGGCGCAAGCUGGACAACGACCUCCCCCUGGACAUUGAUAACACCACUGGCCGGUUCUUCAUCAGUAACAAGGACAACUACACGGAGCUGAGCAUCAUUAACCUGGACAUCGCCGCGGACCCCGGCGAGUACCAGUGCAACGCCACCAACGCCAUGGGCACCACCACCAUGACGUCGGUGCUGCGCGUGCGGAGCUACCUCGCCCCCCUGUGGCCGCUGCUGGGAGUGCUGGCCGAGAUCAUCGUGCUUGUGCUCAUCAUCGUCAUCUACGAGAAGCGCAAGAAGCCUGACGAUGUGGCUGACGAUGAUGAACCAGCAGGGCCAAUGAAAACCAACUCCACCAACAACCACAAAGACAAGAACGUACGCCAGAGAAACACAAACUGAGCCGCCGCCACAUCUACCACCCAGACCAAGACAUUCAUAUCAUGACCUUCUGAACGUAACCCAUGACUGCGUUCUCUUUCAUUGUAUAUCGGAGUUGGCGGUUAAGAUGGAGACCAAUAAAUUGAUCACGACAGGCCUGGUAUUGCGCCUUACGAUCCCCUGGGACAGGACGAGCAAAGACUGAAGCGAGGGCUGGAGAGGACAGAUUUCCCUUUUCCUUCUGCUGCAUGAUUGUGUUGCUCUUUAUUUCAUAUGUUUUAUUAUAUCCGAGUUUUUGUUCCAUGUCUAUAAAUAAGAAUAAUGCAUGCGAGAUAGUGACUUACUGUUUGUUACAGAUGAGGCUUUAUUUGGGUAGGGUUGUGCCUGUCAAGGUGGUUUCGUGGAGAUAAUAUUUACUGACCCUUCAACUUUAAAGCGAGGGAUACUAUGUAAGGGAUAAUAUGACACGACCAUGUUCUGGUAUGACAGUUUUUGUAUAGUUUACCAUUGCACUGCAUACCAUUUAUAUAAGGAGACAUUCAGUAUUUUAUCAGUUAUUUGAAGUUAGGGGCUUCAUUUAUAAAGGGCUUUGCGAUGCCCCUCACUGGUUCUUUUCUACUCAUGACUGUACUGUAUGUAUGUAUUAAUGUACGCAAUCACCGAAGGUAACUAUAGUCUUUGAAUGUUCCUCAUAUGGUGCACUUAAGUGUGGAGAAAAAUGUUGGAGCACCUGCAAAACUUAAUUUUAUAAUUCCAUGACUUGUCCUCAAUGUAACUGAUUGCUUUCUAUCAAUGUGUAUUGUACAGCAUGGCUUUUAUUCUAUGCAAUAUUUAUUCAUAUAAUAUAUAUACAUCUAUAUUCAUAUAUCCAGAUAUAUAGAUAUGUUUAUCAGACAUUAAGGCGUCAUUUAUUUUUGGCCGCAGUGAAGCUUUAAGAUCACGUAGACAGCAUCUCGCAAUGCCCCAGACAGAUAGAUUACAGAUCACCAUCCACUACUGCAUGACAGCAUAUGAAGUACCGCUAGUGUAGCCGCGCAAGAGCACCAGGAGUGCACACAUGAGGCUCGCGCUCUUGAGUGUUGUGAGGCAAACCCAAGUCAUUUUUACUAAUAAAGACGUUCCAUGUGA